AUGGUGAUGAAUUCCAUGCCGGAGUGUCACCGCCUACGAUCCGCUUGCGACAUGGAACUCACCAUGUUCAACCACCGCAUCUCUGCAAGGCCCAAUGUGGCUACUGAAGAGGUGUUGGUUGAUGAAAUCCCUUAUCCUUCCAAGAUCACUAAGACCAAGCCCCUAUCUCUGUUGGGUCAUGGAAUCACCGACAUGGAGAUCCACUUUAUCCAUGUGAAAUUCUAUUCAAUCGGAGUUUAUUUCGAGCCUGAAGUAGUAAGCCACUUGCAGCAGUUCAAAGGAAAACCAGCGAAGGAGCUGGAAGAGAAUGAUGAGUUCUUUGAUGCUCUCAUUUCUGCUCCGGUUGAGAAGUUUAUUAGACUUGUGGUGAUCAAAGAGAUCAAGGGUGCACAGUAUGGAGUUCAGAUUGAGAGUGCUGUGAGGGACAGGUUGGCAGCUGAGGACAAAUAUGAGGAGGAAGAAGAAGAAGCUUUGGAAAAAGUUAUUGAAUUUUUCCAGUCUAAGUACUUCAAGAAGCUUUCAGUCAUCACAUACCAUUUCCCAGCAAAUUCUGCUACUGCUGAGAUUGUGGUAUCUUUGGAGGGAAAAGAAGACUCCAAGUAUGUGUUAGAGAAUGCCAAUGUGGUGGAGAGCAUCAAGAAAUGGUACCUUGGAGGCUCAAGAGCAGUGUCUUCCACAACCAUUCAAUCUCUGGCUAGCACUUUCUCUGUUGAGUUGUCCAAGUGA